AUGGAUGACUCUUCCUUGCCUCUCUUUUUCAUAUCAGGGGACCAGCAUUUCACCAUAUACCUGAGUCAGAUGCACGCCACGGUCUCGUCCAUAAAGAAGCAUUACCCCGGAUGGCUAGUGAGAAUCUACCACAACGUUACUCUCGAUGAUAAGAAGAGCUCUGAUGAGUUGUGUCGCCUCUACUGUGACCACGACAACGUUGAUCUCUGCCACGUUCACCACCUGCCCGAGCUUGGGAACUUGACAAACAAAGGAGUAGUUGGUCGUUUCUGGAGAUUUUCCGUGAUGGGAGAUCCUACAGUAGACGUGUUCUUGUCGAGAGAUACGGACAGCUGGGUGCUGGCGAGGGAGGCGAAGGCAGUGAAGGAGUGGCUCCGUUCUGGCCUCACUUACCACGUCAUGCACGACCACCCGAAGCACAAGCCGAUUAUCAUGUCUGGCCUCUGGGGAGCAUUCAACAAAGCGCAGGAAUAUUUGCAACAGGUUCGGGAUUUCAUGUUUGAAUGGCGCGUCUCUGACAGACCGUCACAUGAUAAUGAAAUGCUUCGGAUUUUGCUCUGGCCGAUUAUGAAGGAGGACGUCCUCAAUCACGACAGCUUCACCUGCAACGACCCCAACCACGGCGCCUCAGUCCCCUUUCCGACCCGACGCGUAGGUAACGAGUACUGCGGGUGGGGUCUGUCCAAGGCCGUCCCUGCUCUGGAGGUGAAUAAGACCGAGUGUCCUUACGAGUGCCGUCCUGAUGACCACAAGGAGUGGGUGUCCUGUUAAGGAGGGAGAGAAGGAGGUCUGUUCUCUGCUCUGGUUUGGUCUUGGUGUCCUUGGUUUAAGUGGCGUUCCUUUUUUGGGUUGGGUGAUGAUGGUACUUUUCUGUUUCUGUUUUCUCAUUAUUAUUAUUAUUAUUAUUAUUAUUAUUAUUGUUAUUAUUAUUAUUAUUAUUAUUAUUAUUAUCAUCAUCAUCAUUAUCGCUAUUAUUUUUUUAAAGUUUAAUAAAUUUCCCUAGACGGUUGUAAAUUACAGAGCCUCAUUACCAGCGAGAAUAUUAGCAGAAUUUGGGCCAAACACGUACUUUGCUAGACCCUGGAGCGUCCGAAGUCUGGGCUGCCAUAGGGUUGUUGACAGUGCAGCAAGGUUUGGCUAAAGAAGGUGACAAUCCUUGCCUUGAGUUUAAUUUCAGCGACAGAUAAGGCAAGUGGAACCCUAGUUUAUGAGGUUUAAAGGCAGUAGGAAAAAACAACUCUAGUUUAACAGGUUUGAAAAUAGAGGGGAAAAACAACCUUAGUUUAAGAGGUAUAAAAGUAGUGGGGGAAAAAACAACAACCCUAGUUUAAGUUUAUAAGCAGUGGAGAAAAGACAACCCUAGUUUAAGAGAUUUUUAAGCAGUGGGAUAAACACCCCUAGUUUAAGAGGUUUAAAGUCAGUAGUCAUAUUUCUUGAGAUAGAGAUAGACAGUGGUCUUUCUUUUAUAUUUCUGAAAUGAAAUACACAUCGAAGAUCUUUUUUUAUAUUCUCGCUCAGUUGGAUAUUUUCGUUCUUUGAAUGUUAGUAAUGAAUUUAGGAAAGUAUUUUCUAUUGAACCAACUCCUUGGGAAGCUCUGGGAUAAGAGAUCCACUGUACAUUUUCUUUACUGGUUUGAUCACUGUUAGCAAUAAGGGCGUGGAUUACAUGCGUUACUAAUAUUUUUUGGUAAAGAAUUUUUACUUACUAAAAUAUACAUUAGAUGAUGGCAAAUUUCAAGUACACAUAAUUGUUCAUUUGAAUUGUUCCCUGUCAGCUGCGUAAACCUGUUGCUAUAUUGUCUAGGAUAUAUUUUAAGUCUCUUAAGAAAUUUCAAGUCAUGUUGACCUUUUUGUUAUGUUUAAGUACCCAACAUAUGACACCGACAAAUAAACUAAAACUAACUACAAUAUUCUAGAUUAUUCUACUAAAUACCUAUAAUUCUAUUGAUACCAUACUUAACUCUAAUUGUAAAAUGACACUACUUCUUAUGAUGAC